GCCAAAGCCGCCAGGACAUAUAUAAAGUAGUGACAGCGUGGAGCUUGCCAAUCACCAGCCUGCAUUCACCCACGAUCUGCCUCCUGCACCGCCGCGACAACUGCUCUCGCCAACGCCCUCCCCCGCACGCUCUGCCCAUCCUGUCAUGAGAGCAUAGAGCCUGACUGCAUCCCGUCCCGGCUGCCCUCGCUCUCUCUCACUCCUCGCCCCCGCGCCCCCCGAAGCGGCCCCUCCAUCGCCGAACCCCCUCGAGUCUCGGUGUCGUCCAGGAAGAAGCAUCCGCCAUGACGGCCCCCGACGACGAUGGAGGCGGUGUGCCCAAGUCGCGCUCAGAGCCCCAGCUGGGCGUCUCUUCCCUCUCUGCCCGCCCGCUGCCCGGCGACUCUACCCACGCCGCCUCUGCUCUCCUCGAAGACCAGGCCUCGUCGUCCACAAACCCCCCCGGCCUCUCCCGCUCCGCCUCCUUCUCAAACAGCUCCUACCAUGACGAGUCGGACAACGAGGACGCUGCCUUUUUCCCGCCCGUCGAGAAGCUGACCAUGUUCGACUUUGUCGAGAACCUCGCCCUCGCCCAGCGCAUCGAGAAGCUCCAAAACUCCAUUUCCACCCAGACGGAGAAGAUCAGGAACCAGGCCAAGAACAGGGGCAUAACCAGAGACCGUGUGAUUGAGGAGUGGCGCCGCAGAGUGCCCACCGAGGCCGAGCAGCUCGACAAGUACAAGCAGCGCAUGCGCCGCUCCGUCGACCGCCUGAGCCAGCGCUGGAACGAGUCGCUCACGGUGACUGCGCGCGAAAAGGCGUCGUUUAUCGCCGCCGUCAUGAACAUAUUCGUCUCGGGAUACCUGGUUGGAUGCCACCCCGACUACUUUCCCCACUGGUACACCGCCCAGCUGCUCUACUUUAUGCCCAUCCGCUAUGUCACAUACCACCGGAAGGGCUACCACUAUUUUUUGGCCGAUCUGUGCUACUUUGUCAACAUCCUCACCGUCCUGACCAUGUGGGUCUUUCCUCAGUCCAAGCGCCUCUUUAUUGCCACGUACUGCCUUUGUAUGGGCAACAACGCUGUGGCCAUCAUCAUGUGGCGGAACUCUCUUGUCUUCCACAGCAUGGACAAGGUUGUUAGUCUCUUCAUUCACAUCAUGCCCUGCGUCACGCUGCACUGUAUUGUUCAUCUUUUGUCGCCAGAAUAUCAGCAACAACACUAUCCCGCCAUCUACGAGAUUCGUAAUUCGGACCCAUCCUCUCCGCACCACUACAAUCUUUUCCAAAUGAUGCUGUGGGCCACGGUUCCGUAUGCUGUCUGGCAGCUGUCCUACCACUUUCUCAUUACGGUACGCCGCCGCGAUAAGAUUGCUGCGGGCCGACCCACCAGCUUCACGUGGCUGCGCAAAUCAUACGCCAAGACAUGGAUUGGGAAAAUCGUCCUUUCGCUGCCCGAGUUCCUCCAAGAGCCAGCCUUUAUGUUGAUUCAAUACAGCUAUGCUGUGUUGACCAUGCUUCCCUGCCCUGCGUGGUUCUGGUACCGGUGGCCCAGUGGUCUGUUCCUGACUGUUGUCUUUGUCUGGAGUGUGUACAACGGCGCCACAUACUACAUUGAUGUCUUUGGAAAUCGCUUCCAGAAAGAACUCGAACAGCUCAAGAAGGACAUGGCAAAGUGGCAGUCAUCGCCCGAAGGCGGCUUUACCCCUUACACACCAGCAAGUGAUAGCACUGAUAAGCAGCUAGGUUACAUUCCUCCACUUGAAGGCAGCACAAGCGUCAAGCCUGUAGAUGGCGAGACAAGGGAGAGGAAGUAGCUUGCUGACAUUGUUCAUUUGCAGAUCCACGACCAUGAUGUAGCGACUCUUGUUCACGUUUACCGACUGCUUACUCGAUGCCAGAGUAAAUGACAGUCUAGGCGUUGGUUUGGUUAUGGUAGAUUUCUUUCGAGUCUUGUCUGCGUUUUUGCGUUGCAUAUUUCGCUUUUUAGGCUGUUCAGACUAGUUGGUUAGAUAUACCCCCUUUCCUUCGCUUAGCCCGCGUCAUUUAUCCAGCGUGUAUGCAUCUAAUGUGAAGCGUAUUCUUGUUGAUUCGAGUAGACUAGCCAAUGUC